CCAGACCGCCAGAGCCCCGCUCGCGAUCACAAGGCACCUGUUCAAAGGCCCUUUGGAAAGCAUCGCCCACCAAAUCACAUUGCAAGCUCGUCCUCCUCUUCUAACGAGAGCGCACGUGACCUGGCUCUCCCAGAAAUUUUUGGCUUUUUUGGCUUUUUGGCUUCUGGAUGUAGGAGGCAGGAUUGCCGCGCUUUCUCCUCCCGUUCACACAACACCACUGGCGAAGAGCCCAAAUUGCAACAUGCCGGCGCUGGAUUUCAUGGCCGACGACGAUGGCAAUGGUGGCGCCGACUUUGACAUCUCGUCUGCUCUGCUUGGCAGCGGAAAGAGGGCGGCCGCCAAGCGAAGGGCGGCACCGCCAACGCAAGGGGACGACGAUGGCGACGACGAUGAUGCGGCAUUCAUUAGUGCGGCAAUGAGUAGACAGAACAAAAAGGCUGGGACAGAAGUGGCAAAGCGGGCCGUGGCGUCUACUUCGGGAAAGGGCAAGAAGAACAAGGUGGCCAGCGGCACCAUCACGGGCGGCGGUAGCUUUCAGAGCAUGGGCAUCCACCCAUCGCUGCUGCGAUCACUUGUGCUGAGAGGCUACACGACUCCUACGCCAAUUCAGAGGCAGGCUAUCCCCUCGAUUCUCGAUAGCCCACCAAGGGACCUCGUCGGCAUGGCUAGGACGGGUUCUGGCAAGACGCUGGCAUACCUCAUUCCCCUCAUCCAGCGGCUCAAUGGUCGACACUCGCACACUGUUGGUGUCAAGUCUCUUAUUCUGUGCCCAUCUCGAGAAUUGGCACUUCAGAUCUUGAAGGUGGGCAAGGAGAUCGCGCGGGGAUGGAAGUCGGACAACGAGGGCGGUCAGAGCGAGGCCAUCCGCUGGGCUCUCAUCGUCGGUGGAGAAGGCCUCGACGAGCAGUUCGCUCUCAUGGCCACCAACCCGGACGUUGUUAUCGCUACGCCCGGUAGGCUGCUCCACUUGGCCGUCGAGAUGAACUUGGACCUCAAGGCGGUGCAGUACGUCGUCUUUGACGAAGCCGACCGCCUCUUUGAGAUGGGCUUUGCUGCCCAGCUCCAGGAACUCCUCGAUCGGCUGCCUACCAAUCGACAGACACUCCUGUUCAGUGCCACGCUGCCCAAAUCACUGGUCGACUUUGCCAGAGCCGGUCUGCAGGAGAAUCCCAAGCUGGUUCGGCUCGACGCAGACAGCAAGAUCAGCUCGGAGCUGCGCAUGUCCUUCUUCAGCGUCAAGCCGUCGGAAAAAGAGGCUGCGCUGCUCAUCCUUCUUCGUGAUGUCAUUGGUGUGCCGCUGGGGGAGCAAAGAAGGCAAGACGAGGGUGGCGAGAAGAAGCGUAAGAGAAGGGCGCAGAUGACCGGCGCCGACGACCUGCUCCCCCACCAGACGAUCAUCUUCUGCGCCACAAAGCACCACGUAGAGUACCUGCUGCUGCUGCUCGGCACAGCUGGCUAUUCGUGCAGCCACAUCUACUCCUCGCUUGACCAGGCUGCCCGUGGAAUCGAGAUGAAGCGCUUCCGCGAGGGCACCUCGAGCCUCCUCAUCGUCACCGACGUGGCGGCCAGGGGUAUCGACCUGCCCGUCUUGGAGCACGUCGUCAACUACGACUUUCCAGGCAGUCCAAGGGUGUUUGUUCACCGUGUCGGCAGAACCGCCAGAGCCGGCCGCAGGGGUUGGGCAUGGAGCCUAUUCACGGCAAACGAGCUUCCCUUUCUCUGCGAUCUCCAGCUCUUCCUGGCGCGGCCGCUAGUCUCGACGCCCAAGGUCGAGGCCGAACCGUUGUCGAGAGUGCAAGCAGAGGAUGAAGAAGGCUUGGAUCUCCACGGCAAUCUCGUCGUAGGCACCUUUGCCAGGGACACACUCGACAACGAGACAGAGUACAUCACCGGAUCCCUGACAAACGCAAACAGCGCCGUCUCGGUCGCCCUGCCAGCCCUCAAGCAAGUCGUGGGCCGCGCACAGAAGCUGUACGAGCGAAGCCAGGCAAAGGCCAGUCAAGAAAGCUACCGAAGGGCAAAAGCGAUGGCUAAGAACUCGGGAGGAAAGUGGGCGUUGGCUGGCAGCGCUUCCGAGGACACAACGGUGCAUGACGUCUUGAUGCGACCGCGAGUCUACGGCCUGACGCCCCUGAGCGACGCAGGAGCGAGAGCUGUCGCAAGCACUGCUGCUUCGAUAGACAAAGACGCUGCCGCGAGAGCUGCCUUGCUGGCCAAAGUCAAUGGCUUCACACCUGUCGAGACUGUCUUCGAGGUCGGGGCGAGGGGAGCGACGCCCAAUGCUUUGCUGAUGAAGGACCGAAGAAAGACGCUGGCGGGUAAAGCCAAGCGAGCCCAGAUGAAAGAAAGCCUCGAAGGUGGUGCUGGUGGUGGCGUUGAGGAAGAUGAAGUAGAAGAUAGCCUGAUAGCCCUCAAAGCUGGUGGAGAGAUCGAUAUGGCGGACGAAGACGAGAUCAGGGAUACAUUUGACACGACAGCAGACCCGGCUUCUUCUUCGAACAGCAAGAAACAGAAGCGGAUGUCUUCCUACAAGGAUCCAGAGUUUUACAUGUCAUACGAGCAGAAGGACGCCAACACCGAGCGAGGCUAUUCGCUCCAAAACGGCGAUGGCAACUUUGUUGAGCAAGCCCGCAAUGCCACCUUCUCCCUUGGCGGCAACGACGAAGGAAAAGUUGCUCGAUUCGGCGUGCAAUCUCAGGCGCCCAACCAGGCUCGGUGGGAUGUCAAGAAGAAGAAGUUUAUCAAGGGAGAUGGCACCGGGAGCGACAACCAAAAGAUCAUCCGGACAGAGAGCGGAACCAAGCUUCCGGCGAGCUUUCGCAGCGGUCGCUUCGACGAGUGGCGAAAGAAGCAGAGGAUGGAUCUGCCUAAGGUCGGUGAGCGGGAGGACGACAAGGUCGUCGGCACCGCUAGGGGCCUUGCGGGCGUUAAGUUCGGACAUCAAGGCGGAGGCAGUGGGCAAGGUGGAUUUCGGCACAAGAUGGUCAAGGAGGCGAAGCGGCCGUCGGACAGGCUUGCCAAGGACUAUAAGUCGAAGAUGGAGCGAUUCAAGCAGCGAACAGAGGGAGAAGGUGCAGGAUCACGGGGCGAGGGACCCAGAAAGAGAUUCGACAAGGGCCCGUUCACAGGAGGGAAGGGGGGCAAAGACAAAAAGAGUGGGGUCAGAAGAACGGGACGGGGGGCGCGGAGCGAGCUCAAGAGCGCAAGUCAGAUUCAGAAGGAGAGGGCCCUCGCGGAGAAGCGCAAAGAAAAGAACGCGAGACCAUCCAAGAAGGGCGGCGGCGGCGGCGGCGGCGGCAGAGGAAAGGCAAAGUCGAGGCGGUAGAAAAGAGUCAUGUCACCUCAUUGUCAAUCCUUAUGCACGCUUUAGUGAGCGCCAUUCUUACUUGUGCACUGUCCAAUACAUACACCUGGUCUUUGAGCG